AUGCGUUUCGCUCUGACUCUCACUGCCUUGGUCGGCUCUGCCGCCGCUUUGUCCAUCACCUCUCCCCAGAAGGACCAGGAUGUCAACCUCAGCGAGAAGACCAAGGUCGAAUGGAGCUCUGUCAGCUCCGACCCCUCCUCCUUCGACAUCUACCUUGUCAAGAUGAACUCUUACCCUCCCGUCAACAAGCUGGUCGCCGAGAACGUCAAGACCAGCGACGGCUCCUACACCAUUGACGGUGUCUCCGUCGACAGCGGAUCCGGCUACCAGGUCAACUUUGUCUCCAAGGAUCCCAAGAACACCGGCAUCCUCGCCCAGUCCCAGCAGUUCAAGGUCGAGUCCUCCGGCUCCACCACCACCUCCGACUCUGCUUCUAGCACCACUGCCACUGAGUCCUCGUCUACGGCCUCUCAUUCUAGCACCGGUACGGUCUCUACCACUGCCACUGCCACUGCCACUGCCUCUGGCACCGCCUCUGCCUCCACCUUGAGCACCUCCGCCUCCGGCACUGCUUCCAAGACUACUGCCUCCUCCACCGCCAGCCACAACGCCUCCUCCACCGCUUCCGGCACCAGCACCGCCAGCACCACCCCCAACGGUGCCGGCUCGCUCGCUAUCCCCGCCGGCACCCUCCUCCUGGGUCUGGCCGUCCUGGCUCUGUAA